GAAGAGCAGAAGGUUCCCUCUCUGGUGUCUCCAAGGGCUGAAAGAGAUUCCUGGCUGCAACCUUGGCGAAGCCGCUGCCAGUCUGUGAAGACGAUACUGAGCUAGAUAGACCAAGGGUCUGACUCAGUAUAUGGCUGCUUCCUAUGUCCCUAUGCCCCGUAACAACAGCAAGGAUGCAUGACCCUCACUUCGCUUUCCUUCCAGACCUCUCUCGAACUGCAAAGGAGCAUAAAAGAGGCCCUCCAACCAGAGUCUGUAGCUGCAGAGAAAAUCUUGGCAGGCUGUGGAGUGCAUUAAAAUAGCCUCAGCAAGCUGCGCGCACCACAGCACCGCCGUGCUGCCUCGCUGCCUCGCUGCUCUGACAAAGCCACUUUUGCAGCGUCGGGCUUCUGCUGGGCGAACCUCUCUGAGCGAAGGGGAGAAGGUGACCGCGGAGGCUGCAGCAGCAAGGCGGGUCGGUGCCCUUGCCAGGGCUCUUCUCUGGCCCGCAAAGUCCUGGCCCAGGACUGCCCGGUUCACCUUUGGCAUCCUGGGGGGCUGCCGCUGAAGAGAAGAGGAGUCCUGCUGAGAACUGCAGAGGGCCGGUUGGGAGGCAUCGGCUGGGGAAGGCAGCAGGUCCAGCUGCAAGGCUACAACCUUUCCCUUUCCCUUUCAAGGGCAUGUGGAGGCCAGGUAAUGAAUGAAGGAGAGCGCCCGAUGAGCCUUCCCCCAAGAUGUGACCCUCUGGAUGAGAACAAUUCCAUCUCGGUUUGCCCCAAGGCCUGGGUGGAGCCGACUCUGACGCUUGCUGCCAAGGCCCGAGUGGUCAUCACCGGCUGCUUCUUCGUGGUGGCGACAUGCAGCAACUCCGCCGUCUUGUACAGCGUCACGAGGAAGAGGAGGAAAUCCCACGUCCAGCUGCUCAUCCUGAGCUUAACGGUGGCGGACUUGCUGGUCACCAUCAUCGUCAUGCCUUUGGAUGCCGUGUGGAACGUCACCGUCCAGUGGUACGCUGGGGACGCCCUGUGCAAGCUCCUGAACUUCCUCAAGCUCUUUGCCAUGUACUCGGCCGCCCUGGUGCUGGUGGUGAUCAGCUUGGACCGGCACAUGGCCAUCCUCCACCCCUUUUCCUUUGCUACUUCCAGCCACCGGAACCGGAUCAUGCUUGGGGUUGCUUGGAUUCUCAGUGCCUUCCUAGCCUCUCCCCAGCUCGUCCUUUUCCACCUGCACACUGUUACUGGCGUCAAUUUCACCCAAUGUGUGACGCAUGGAAGUUUCCGAGAACACUGGCAGGAAACCACCUACAACAUGUUCACCUUCGCCACUCUCUACAUCACCCCUCUGAGUGUGAUGAUUGUGUGCUACGUCCGCAUCUUAUUUGAGAUCAGCAAGCAGCUGAAGAUCAACCAAGGUCUUGCAAGAGGCAAGGAUGACCACAUCUCCAAAGCCCGCAUGAAAACCCUCAAGAUGACCAUUGUCAUUGUGGCUUCGUUCAUCAUCUGCUGGACCCCUUAUUACCUCCUGGGCUUGUGGUACUGGUUCCAACCCAACAUGAUCCACAGGAUGCCGGAAUACGUCAACCACUUCCUCUUCCUCUUCGGCUUGCUGCACACUUGCACAGAUCCCAUCAUCUACGGGCUGUACACGCCAUCCUUUCGAGAGGACAUGAAGAUGGUCCUCAGGAGUCUGGAGCUGGCCGUGAUCUCGAAGGAGAGGAAAAACCUUGUGUCCAUCUCCGAGAUGAACAAUCAAGAGGACCAUGGCAGGGUACCAUCCAGCGCUUCCAAUGGAGGGACUUUGCAGACGGCGUGCUAGAGGGGAAAACCUCCAGCAGGGAAUAAACUCUGAACCAAUUCACAGGGGCACGCAGAACACUCGUUUUGCUGACCAUUUGAAGACCAGCCGCUGAAUGCAUGGACAUGAAAUCGCAUUGGGCUUGAGGUGAUAUGGAAGUUCUUCCUCUCUGCUCUGGCUGGUGGACCUCAAGUUUCUUGGACAAAGCAAAACGUAAACCCCACAAAAGUGAUCCCUGCCCACUGCUGUCCUACCCCAGUUCUUGGACCCUUUGUUUGCUGCCAAGAAUCCUUGGCUUCUUUGGGUACCACGUUUGUUCUGGGUACUAUCCAUGCUAAGUUGUGUGUAUUGAGGCUGGUCCCUGCAGCCACAAGAUACCAGCCAUCACACAACACUGAUUCCUCCUAGCCUCUGUGCAGGGAAGCAAGCGUUGUGCUCUGCCCAGUGGUAUGGCCACGCAUUUCUAUGCUGUCCCGCUAAACCAUGGCAGGAGAAUGCCAGUUUUUUGUUUUUUUUUAUCCAUUACACCAAACACUGCCUAUUUGCAGAAAUUAUAUUUAUGCUCUGUUUGUGGCCAUCUGGAGGAUGGGCACUGAACCUCUUCCCCACCCACUGAGAAACAAGCCUGCUCCUUCCUGCAUAGCUCCACUCUUCCGUGCCUAUUUCACCACCCUAGUUCUGUUGCUUGGUCACACUGGUGGGUGACAGAGCCUUAGGGAAACUGGCUUCUAUGUAUAAGACACGGGUUGAUACACACACACCAAUUUAUUGCGUUACCUAGGCUGAAACACCCAAAGCACCAACCAGCAAGGGAAGUCAACAUUCAGAAUGUCAUCUCAGACUUCUAAAUUAGUAUUGCUGUUUGACUUCAUGUCGGGGAACAUCAUGGCAUCGGGACCAGUUUUGGAGCCCAUGACAGUACUUAGCCACAGGGCUGUGGCUGUAGCUCAGUGGUAAAGCAUCUGCUUUGCAUGCAGAAGGUCCCGGGUUCAAUCCCUGGCAGCGUCUCCAGGUAGGGCUGGGAGGGACUCUUGCCUGAAACCUUGGAGAGCUGCUGCCAGUCAGUGUAGACCAGGGAUUCUCAACAUUGGGUCCCCAGAUGUUAUUGGACUUCAACUCCCAUAAUCCCCAACCAAAGGCCAUUGGGGCUGGGGGAUUAUUGAAGUCCAAUAACAUCUGGGGACCCAACGCUGAGAAUCCCUGGUGUAGACAGUCCUGAGCUAGAUGGACCAAAGGUCUGACUCAGUAGAAGGCAGCUUCCUUCCUUCUGGUGACCCGAUCCCUACAAAGACCUCUCUUCCUUGCCACAGCAUUCAGAGAAACUAAACCGCCCAGAGAGUAUCCUUCAACCUCCUCCUCUUCCACCAGAGCCUUUGUGAAGCACUCCCAAGACCAGACCAGACCUCACAUCACCAUCCUUUGGGUUGCCAUCUUGCAACCUCCCACUCUCUUUUCAUUGGCUCUGAGAUGACGCAGGGAACUUUGGGGGAGAUAUUUUUUCUGGGAAGGGAGCCGAGAGACAGGUUUUGCAGCCUGGAAUGAAAUGUCAACCGCAUGCUACACUGUCAGAGCUGUAGCUCUGUCUGGAAUUUGGUGGAGUGGGGGAGAGAAAGAACAUGGACUAAGUUUGGGCAGAAAGCUGAACUGACAGGGUAGUCUGGAACCCUUUGGCCCCAAUGCUCUGCACAGGUCCAGAGAAACUAACUCUUCCUCCUCUGAACAAAAUCUCCACUGCAUCACGCUCUCUCACUCACACACCUGCACACCCCUUGCCACAUCACAAACUCUCUUCUCCAACACAACCCUGCCAACUCCAACACCACGUUCUCUUCUCCAACACCACGUUCCUUUGGGAGACCCUCUGUGAGAUAUGACCCAGGUGGCGACUGGAGAAAGGGUCUUCUCUGUGCCAGCACCCCCAUCUACACAGCAUUCUCCUGGAAGGCUCUGCUGUGCUUUCCUGGAUGACCUUGCUGGCCAGGCAGAGACUUUUGUAUCCUCCCAGACUUUUCAAUGUCUGCUAAACUGCCUUAGCACUGAUUUCCUCCGCUGAUCUUUCCUGCAUUGCUGGGUUGUUUUUGUAUCACUGGCUUUAACUUGUAAACAGGCCUGGAAACAUUAUUAUUGUUGUUGUUGUUAUUGAAAAGUGGGAGAUAAGUUCUUAAAAUAAAGUUUUAGCAAUUCUC